AUGAAUACAUAAAGACUCCCUCAUUUAUAAUCUCCAAGGAGACCUCAAACGAAAGCAAAAUAAAAAUCCAUUACUUUGAAUUUAACAAUCAAGGAUUCUCUAUAAGAAAUAUCAACAUUACGUACAACUACUUAGAGCAGAUCAAACAUUUAAUUAUCGUAAACUGAUAGAGUGAAAACAUAUUCUGAUGUUUCCUAUCUUAAUUUAAGAAAUACUCCCUCUUAAAAAUAUUCUAUAUCUUCUACAAAAAUACCCUUAAGCAAUAUUGCAAGAGAUCCAUAAUUAUAUGAAUUUGUAAAAUUAUCGGUUAUAUAUUUAGCAUAAUUAAGUUAACAAAACUAAUAUUUACACAUCAAUUAUUAAGGAAAAUGUGAAAGGUACAUUUAUAGAUAAUCCUACAGAAUUAAAAAUGCAUGAGAAAACAAUUGAUUUUUCGCCUUUACUCCAAAACAUCAAGAUACAUUAAUUUAAAUACUAUCUUCAGUCAAUUUUACAAUAAGAAUGCAAAACUAUCUUUGAUUCAAAAUGUCCUCCAAAUAGAUAGCAAGCUAUUGAUCUAUUGAAGUGGUUUGAUUAAAUGAUUUAAACUUUAAACACUGACAAUUUACAAUUAAUAACUGACUUAACAAAUUAAUUAUAAUUAGUAUAUUAAACUUGUAUUCAUGAAUUAGCUAGGUAAAUAUCAUAUGAAUGCAAAGAAAGAGGAACUUUAUUAUUAAUUAUUUGGAAUUCAUUUGUAUCUUUUAUAGAUAUGCUUAUUUAAAAUGUUGCAAUGAAUUAUGAAGAAAUGGAAAAAUAAUAAAUAGAUACUGUUUAAAGAAUUUAAAAGACAAAUUAAAUCUUUGUAUAAUAAUUACAAUAAGAAAUUAAUCAAUUAAAAUAAUAAAUAGAAUAAUUACAAUUAGAGAAAUCAGAAUUAAAUGAUAAAAAUAUAUAUUUAUCAAAAAAGAACCUUUAAUUGACUAAUGAAAUCAAAUUAUUGAGUACUUAAUUAGAUGAAAUGACUGAUAAUCAUAAUAAAGUAUAUAAUGAAUUAAUUUAAACAAAAUUGUAAAUAGAAACUCAUUCAUCAUAAUAAACAACUGAAAAAAUUAAAAUUGGAAUUCAAGAAGGUUAAUCUGUUGUAGCACAUCUAUUAUCAAUGAAAAAUACAAUGUUUUCAAAAUUAUAAAAGAAAACAUCUAUUCAAUUUGAAAAAGUUGAAUAAUUAAAAGAAGAUGAAGAAUAUUUUAAGUAAGGAUUAUCCAAAACUGAUCUUGAUUAAUUGAAUUCAACAUUUUAAUAAUAAAAUAUGUUAAAAUUACAAUCAAAGGCAAUACUCCCUAUUAAUACAGAAGAUAGUAUAAUAUUUAAUUUAUCUUAGAGGAUGUUUAAACAGAUUAAUCUUUUGUAUUUUUAUUUGAUCAUAUAGAAGAUUUAUUUAAUCAAAGAUAAACAGAUUCAUAUACAAAUAUGUAAUUAUUUAUAUAAAAUUUUAGAUAGAUUUCUAAAAAUGAGAUAAUGUAAAAUUAUAAAGAUUAAUUAAUUCAACUAUUACACUUUUGUAAUAAUAAUUAGAUGGAUUAAGAAAUUGAAAUAAAAAAGAAAUUAAUAGAAUAGAUGUUAGAAUUGUAAGAACAAAAAGUCAAUGCUAAAUAUUACGAAUAAACUUUGUAAGAAGCAACUUAAGAAUUUAUAGAAUUACUUAAAAAAAAGAAAUAGAAAAUAAGGAAACUUAAGAAAAGUUAAACAUAAUUAUAAAAUCGUCUUAAUUCAAGUAAAUUAAAACAUAUACUUUUAAAGUGCAAAGUGAAAGUAGUCCUCCUAAAUAAGAUAUUCCAUAAGUACUAGUAAAUUCCCCUGGAGUGAAGACACCUUCAUUUAGAAAUUCUUUAGUUUUAAAUUAACAAGAUGUUUUAUAAGAAGAUAUUAUCGAAAGUGAUGAAAAAAACGAAGAAGAUUCAAUUAUUCAAAAUAUAUAAUAAAAUUAGAAUAUUAAAGAAUCAAUCUUUGAUUUAGAUCAAUUAAAUAAUUAAUAAUAAAAUUUAAAUGAAGAAUAAUUUAAUCCUAUAAAGAAUAACAUUUAUUAAGAGGAUUAUCUAAUCAAUAAAGAUAUAAAAGACAAUUAGUAUUAAGAUAAUAACAAUUAAGAAGAUAAAAUUGAUAAUCAUUUUGAGGAAUUAUAGAAUACUUAAAAUAAGAAUAAUUUAAACACUAGUAUGAGUAGAAAAAAUAGUAGAAGUAGUUAAAGUAAAUUAAGUAUUGAAGACUUAGAAUCUCAAAAUUAAAAAUAAAAAUCUAUUCCUUCUAAUAAGAAUUAAUCAAAUAGAAAAUCUUUAUAAAUAAAAAGCUUAUCAGCUAUUAAAGAUUUAGAUGAUGAACCUAAAUAAUAAUAAUUGAAAAGAAAACUUUCUAAAGUUGUAAAAUAAACACAAUAAAAAUCUAAUAAUACAAUAAAUACUCUUGAUUAAUCAAGUGAUGCUAAUGAUAGUGAAAAUUUAUCAUUAGUUUCUAGUGAUGAUUUGUCAGAAAAAGCAAAAGAAGAAGAGAUUAAGAAAAUUGAGAAAAUAAGAAAUCUUGUAUAAUAAUAUGGAGGAAUCAAUAUUUAAAAAAGAAGAUUUACAAAACCAUUGGCAAUUAAGUUAUCAUUAUUAUCUGAUUUAAAAAAAGAAAGAAGAGUUAAAAGAAUUUAUAGUUAAAAUACAGAUGCUGCAAAUUCAUUAUUACAUGAGGUUAUGAAUAUCAAAUUUAAAAAACAAAAGGAUUCAAUAAUACCAAUUUCAUCAAUUAUUAAAAUAUUUAACACUAUAAUAUCUGAUACUGCUAAAAAUUAAGAAGGAUAUAAAAUACCAUUACAUGUUAGUAUUUAUGAUUUUUUCUUAAAGAAAUAUGGAUUUAAAAAUGUAGCUGAAAAAAAAAUUAAAUAGGUAUUUAUAUAUAUAUAUUAUUAUUUAGUUACUUUAAUUUAUAUUUCAUAAGAAAAACUAAUACCCAAAAUUAUGUUUGAUCUCAAGAUUAUGUUAUAUGGAUGAUGAAAUGGAUGAGGCUGUUUAUAAAUUAAUUGUUGAAUCAAUUAAGUAUUUUCAUAAUAAGUAAGUAUUUAAUUUAUGUAGAGAAAUAUAAUUAAAUAAACCUGAAAUAAAUUUAACACAUGAAUAACUCAUUGAAUAUUGCAACGAUUUUCUAUAAUAACUUCUAGGUUAAAAUUAUAUCACUUAACUUUUACAAUAAUUUAAGCAAAAUAAUAAUAAAUGUAUUUGUACUUGAUAUAUCAGAGACAUCAUAUUUGAAAAUGUAAUGAUCUAAGUAAUGAACUUGUAUUUUUAAAAAAAAAGAUAAUGUGAAGAUAGUUUAAAAUUAAUAUUUCAAGCUGCAGAUUUGGAUGGAAAUAAUCUUAUUGAAUUCUCAGAAGUAUUACUUUUACAUUCUAAUAUUUAGUUUAAAAAUUUAUAUAAAGCAAUACAUCCUAAUAUAUAUGAUAAAAAUGUAGCAUUGGAACAAUUCAUAAGUUAUGCUGAUUAUAUAGAAGAAUUAUCAAAAAAUAAAAUGAUUACUCUACCAAGAUUUGCAGAAAUGGCAAUAGAAUUAAAUUUAUUUUCUAAAGAAUAAAUAAAUUAAUAUAGUAAAGGAUAUGAAACAUUAUUACAAGAAUGGGAGGAAUAAAAAAAUUUUAUUAAAUUUAGAUAUUUAAAAGCUGAAAAGUUUCCAAAAGUUAAAUUCACUUUUAAUUUAUUAACAGAAUAAAUUAAUUUAUUAAAAAAUAAAUAAAAAACUACUCAUGAUCCAUAAAGUAAUUAUUAAUCUAACUUAUUAGCAUUAUGGGUGAGCUACAAAUUAUUGUAAGAGAAAUCACAAAGAGUUGUUUUAAAGUAUUGAUUAUUUAUAUUUUAGCCAUGAAAUCAGAGAAUGCUUUUUUGAUUUAGUUCCUCAUGAGUUAUGGAUAAUAUAAUAAGGAUAUAGAGCAAUAGAAGAAUUAUGUAUAUGA